CAGUGACGGGAUCCCGCGGGUCUGUGGGGGAUCUGUGUGGGUCUGUACCUGUCUCAGGUUCAUUCGGACAGAUUUUUGGGGCGGAGAUGAUGUGUAACUUUAUUUCGAGGUGGAGUCAGUAGCUGGAGGAGCCCGAACACUUUAAGAAGUACUCGGAGACUUUACAAGCACAGUUUCUUCACACGAUCUCAGCUCAACAAAUGACUGUUUAAAACUUCAUGUUUAAUUAAAGCGGAUUCGAGCGAUCGUUCAUUGAAGCGCUUUGACUUCUCAGCGCGUCGUCUUCAGACCUCUUCAGCUGGAAGACACAAACAUGAGGCAGAAAGCAGAACAAACACAAUCGUGUGUUGUGUGUCUUUUGCUGUUGUCCAGUGUGUGCGUUGUGAGGGCCGAGUACUCAAACUGUGGAGAGAAUGAAUUUUACAAUCACACAAGCAACAGUUGUCGUCCCUGCCCACAGUGUCAACCUGGACAAGAGCCAUACAUGAACUGUGGUUAUGGUGUAAAGGAUGACGACUAUUCCUGCAUCCCGUGUCCUGCGGGGAAAUUCUCAAAAGGAAAAUAUGAGAUCUGCCGUCGACACAAAGACUGUGAUUCUCUGUACCGAGCCACAGUGUUAACAGUAGGGACUCAUGAGAGCGACGCCGAGUGUGGACCCUGUUUACUGGGGUAUUACAUACUGGAGAACAGACCACGCAACAUCUACGGCAUGGUGUGUCACUCGUGUCAGAACGCUCCGAAGAACGUCAAAGAGUGCAUGAGAUCCACACCCGUGUCAUCUGGUCGUGUUCCCAGCGUGUCAUCCAGCAGCACCACCAUUCUCCCACAUCCAGAGAAAGAUCCAACAGGGCAAGGUCACCUAGCAACAGCUCUCAUUAUUGCCAUGUCAACCAUCUUUAUCAUGGCCAUCGCCAUAGUGAUGAUCAUCAUGUUUUACAUCGUAAAAGCUAAGCCCAAUGGACAAGCAUGCUGUUCUGGACAAAUCAUCAAGACCACAGAAAGUCAAACAAACAAACAGGAGGAGAAGAAAGAGAUUCAAGAAACUGUCGUGAUCUUUGCAGAGAAGGACGAAUAUGACAAGCUCAAGUCAUCACCUCCAAAACCUGCAAAAAGUGAAAACGACGCUUCAUCAGAGAACGAGCAGCUGUUGAGUCGCAGCAUUGACAGCGAUGAAGAAGCAGCUCAAGACAAACAGACGGCAGCUGAUCUGUGUCUGAUGUCACUGGUGCAUCUGACCCGAGAGAAGACAUCUUCAACAAACAACACACACAACAACAACACAAUAACAAACAACAACAACAACAGAGCCACAGGGAUUCACAGCAGAAGGAAGAAAAUCUUGGACUUGUACACAAAAGCCUGCAGUGUUGCAGAAGGUCUGAGUCCCACCGAGCUUCCGUUCGACUGUCUGGAGCGCACCAGCCGCAUGCUCAGCUCUACAUACAGCACAGAUAAAGCCGUGGUGAAGACCUGGAGACAUCUGGCAGAGAGUUUUGGACUGAAGCGAGAUGAGAUUGGAGGAAUGAGUGAUGGGAUGCAGCUCUUUGACAGAGUCAGUACGGCGGGUUACAGCAUCCCAGACCUGCUGACGCGUUUGGUUCAGAUCGAGAGACUGGACGUCGUCGAGGUUCUCUGCUUUGAUAUUCUGGGCGGACCCGAGAGCGGCGUCCCUCCGUCCAGCCAUCAUCACACUUUAUCUUCUCGCUGCGCCAGUGUCUGAUGCAUUCUGAUGUGCGGCGACGUGAAGAAGCUCUGUGUGUUAUUCCUUCAUCAUGACACCUCGUCCCAUCAGCACAGACUGAAGAAUACGACUGAGACAGGACAGAAGUGAGCUGAAUGAUCCACCCGAGGAGCACAAACUACAUCGUCUCUUUGACUUCUGAGCUUUGUCAUGUGUACAUACAGAUGAUGUGUCGCCGUCUGGGUUCUCUAGUUUUGUUGUGUUAUAAACAUUUAGCUCAGGAUUGUGUGAUGAACUGUGUCUAUUACAUGUGUGCAUAUUUUAUUAACAGAUAGAAUAUGAACUUGUCUCCACAGGUUUAAUGAAACACUUCUCAGAUGACACACAGACCUUUGAGAAAGCGUUUGUGCGGCCAGCCGCUGGUUUAUAUCACACACCUCCUGUGAUGUUCAGAAUUUCAUUAACUAAUAAUCCAGAUGUAAAGUGACACAGACGUUGUGUAUAAAGUGCAUGUGAAUAGAACCGAAUGAUGAUGUGAAUGUGAGUGACGCGGCAUGUCAUGUGACUUCAUGUUAAUGAUGGGAUAGGUCUACUCCCCUCAAGACGUUCCAAACCUAAUCUGUUGAACACAAGGGAAGAUAUUUGGAAGAAUGUAAGCAACUGACAUUUCUUGGACAUGGUGACUAUCAUAGUAGGAAAAUGUAAAUGAUAGUCAAAGGUGCCCCGGAACGUUUUGCUUUUCUCAAUUCUUCAAAACAUCUCAUUUUAUGUUUAACAGAACAAACAGAAAGAUCUUACUACUUUCUACGACGGUAGUCAAUAAUGUUCAAGGAAUAUCAGUUGCUAACAUUCUUCCAAAUAUCAUUUGCUGUGUUCAUCAGAACAAAGAAAUGUGUACAGAUGUUAGGGUCAGUAAAUGAUGACAGUAUUCAUAAGAACUCUUUGUCAUGAUCUGUCUUAUGUUCCACUGGAGACAGAUGAUCAGGAGCUGGUCUCCACACAACAUCACAACAUCUUUAACUUUCUGCUAUGAUUAAAGUGCGUCACACUGCAGGAAUAUAAAUCAUUACAACUGAGAACAGACACACACACACACACACACACACACACAGCCAGUAUAAAGAAACACAAGUGUAUAUAUAACUUAUUCUUGUACAUAUACACCAUGCAUAAAAGUAUCAAUGAAAUAAAGUGAAACCGUCUCUUGUUAUUGUGUUUGUGUACAUGAACUUAUUCAAACAUAACUCAUGCGUUUGACGUCACACUGAUAUAAUAAUAAUCCUCUGACUGUCUGAAUCACAUGACAUCACGUCUCAAACGCUGUUCCAUCUACAGUCAUAUUUAUUUCCUCACCAAAGCAAAAGAUACACACACACACAUUAGAAGAGUUUUGUUUCAGGGUUAGGGCAUCUGAUGUUUGGUGUUCAUUCAUACUGUAAGCUGCUGCUCUCUCAGAUGAUCCAUCACUGAAAAUCACCGCAUUGCAUUAUGGGAUGUGUCAAUAAUGGCUUUAUGGAGGACAAGAUAUUCAAACUGGACUUCAGGAAGAUCUCCAUCAAGCACUCAAAACAAAGUGAUGUUCUGCUCUUCACUUCACCAGAAAGACAAUGAAAACCAGACCAGCAAACACUUCUCAA